UCCGGGAGCGGCCAAAACCUAUGAGAUUUCUUGCUGCGGAUGUAGCUGAAAGGAGUAGAUGGCUUAUUUUAUGUCUUAUUUCACCCCCUUAGGAGGCAUAGAUAUUGUUUAGUACUAGAUAAUACCACCUACUAACAUCUACUAAAAUUCUAAACAUCUACCUAGGUUAGGUAGAUUAUCAAUCAUCAUGACCACGAAUUUCUCUGAAUAUGUUCAACUGGUCACUUUACAGUUUGAUUGGCUCCGUAGGUUUGGGAGGCGUUUGGAUUGGGACAGAGAAACGAUUGAUCAGCAAAGGUUCCAUUGGCGCACUCUACAAUUACCCAGGGCCGCACCACGGAUGUGGGGAGGGCAAAGAGGACUAUGGAAUCCUCAAUUAUUUACUGGAGGUAGCAGUGGGAAUCCCAUGGCCCACGCUCCUGCUGAAAUAUGGAACAGGGUAAUGGACGCUGCACAAUACUUCGAGGUGAACCCCGGAUUGCAUUAUCAGAAGCCCCUAGGCUUUGGAGGCCAGGGAGUAAUACUUCAAUACAAAUUUAAAACCCCAGACGGCUUCUCAAAAGAUAUUGUCAUCAAAAUCCCAGUUAAGGAGUGGACUGAUGAUAACGUCCGCAAGGAAAUAGAGGCUACCAGAAAAUACAAAGGGGCUGCACACUGCUCUCAACUGUUGGAAAACUGGGAGGUUGGCCAAGCACCGCUUGCUCCCUAUCGUCAACGGAUGUCCCAAUACAACAUGGACACGUCUGAGGAGGAGAUCUCCAGCGGCGACGAAAGCCUGGCCGGGGAUUCUGUAUAUCCGAUUAAAAAGUUUCGAUGGCUUCGAUCGGCGUGGGAACAAGCGAUGAGAGAACGGAGAUGGGCCGAAAGGAGGGCGGCCUGGCCCAAAAAUCUCGGUGGUCGAACGGAUUUCCUGAUUCUGGAAUUCAUGGAAGGGACCAGUCUUGAUGGAUUGCUUCGCAAGGCGACGAAGCACGGGAGACAACGUGUAAAGUUUCCUAACAGAGUGUUGUGGGCAAUAUGGCUAUGCUUGGUACGCGGCAUCACCGCAUUAAAAUAUCCCCCACGAAAAUUCCACCCUCGGCGCCCUACCGCGGCUAGGCCUUGGCGGGGUCCAGGUCGGCCUGAUUUGUUGGAAGGUAUCCCGCAUGUGACCAAGAGAUGGAGAGCAAAAAACACUGUUCAUUUUGACUUGGACCCCUCCAAUUUCUUUAUGGACAAGAUAGACUUUCCAAAAGUCGGACCGCCACAAGCAGGGCCGGGAGUCAAUGGAGAUGCGGCUGCGGAACAUGCUUAUUUCCCUAGAAUAAGGCUGGCGGACUUUGGCAUAACAAAACCCGUAAAGCCAAACAAGCGAAACUCAUAUUAUUUCUAUAAUCGGAAAAACGGAAAACAUCGCUACCUCGCGCCUGAGCAAUUUUGCGGAGAGUGGGAUAGUAUUGACAUGGACCCAGCUGGACCGGGGGUGGCCCAGCAAGACGUAGCCGGGAACUUCGGCCCGCCGAUGAAUGUAUGGGGUAUAGCCAUUGUGAGUAAACAGUCUUCUUCUUCUUCUUCCCAUAAUCACGUAUUCGAUGAAGAAGAAGUAAUAGUCGCUAACAAACCUACUCAGACCAUGUGGGCAGUCAUCACGCAGACGGUGCCUCCCUCACCACCGCAGCCCCAAAUACCGCCCAACGUCCAGGUCCCCGCCGGCCUGAUGGACGUCGACGCCUACCUGAGGGACCAUCACCCCAACGAGCCGAUAUCGUACUGCGUGGGCCUCAUGUCGCCCGGGAACCUGUGGGAGUACGUGGACGAGGAUCUGAGACGCACGAUCUACCAGUGCAUGUACCACAAGCAACGCCUCCGCCCCACGGUGGAGACGCUGCUGCCGCAGGCGAUGGAAGGUGCGCUCAGGCAGUUUGAUGGCGAGGAUGACGAGACUAUCAAGCAGUUUGUAAAUGAGCUGGUGUUCGAUGCGCCGACGGAAGCAUAGGUGCCUGGGUAGGUAGCAUCGAUGUUUUUUUUUUCGAUCACAUUAUCGAAAAGGGGGGGGAUGGGAGAGGAUAGGUAUAUACAGUGUAGUAUUCGAGCUCAUCACAUAGCCAGAGAAAAAUCUCGCGCGUUGUAAAUUAUCAGUUACUAGUAUAGAAUUCAAGAUCAUCUAAUGUUUUACCGGACUGAAGCGUUGAUAUGAGUUAGAUACCUAACCUAGUACAUAGGUGUUCAGGUAGGUAUCCAC